CAAGUGUAGCAAAACCGUAACGAAGAAAUUAGCAACACAUUUAUAACACUUUCACUUUUGAUUUUGAGUACGUGUGCUCGUACCCAAGCCUUGAUUGUUUUACUGGAAGGGUUAGAAUUCGUGAGAAAACCCGGAUAAUACUUAAUCUUAUGUCUUAUUUAAAUCGCUGUUUAGUUUAGCGUACGCAAGUGUUGGCACCAUGGUUUGGCUACCUCCGGAUCUUUCGCAGUCUUGUACCUAUCAAUCGACCAUAACCACUUGCCAACCAUCUACCAUCGUAUUUUUGCAAUUAAUUGCUCAAAUUUUCGGCUAUUCGAAGGAUGAGAAACUUUCCAAGCAAUUUGGUGGCGGGUUUCAGCUCUUUAGUGAAGGAUUUAACUUCUCCCCUGGACACGAAGAAGAUGGGGCUCCGGCCGAAGAGUACGAUUUUGUGGUGGUAGGAGCUGGAAGUGCUGGAUGUGUAGUGGCAAAUCGACUCUCAGAAAUACCCGAAUGGAAGGUGCUGCUUCUUGAGGCCGGAGGAGAAGAGCCAGAAGUAGCAGACGUUCCAUCGUUCCCGCCUGUGGUGGUCCGAUCAAGCCUGGACUGGGGAUACCAAACACAGCCAUCCCCCCACAGCUGCUUAGCGCGAAGAAACAGAAGAUGCGCUUGGUACAGAGGCAGAGUGAUGGGCGGAAGCUCCACCAUCAACUACCUGAUCUACAUCAGAGGCCAUCCGCGUGACUACGACGAAUGGGAGGAACUAGGCAACCAUGGUUGGUCCUACAGCGACGUCUUGCCCUACUUCAUCAAGUCGGAGAGAAACGAAAAUCCAGAGAAAAUCGAGCCUCAGUACCAUGGAUUCGACGGCUAUCUCCCAGUGGGAUAUUUUCCCUAUCAGGAUCAGAACACGCUUGCCCUUGUGGAAGCCUACCAGGAGCUGGGCCUGCCCUACCUGGAUCAGAACGCUGAGCAGCUGAUCGGUACCAUGCUAAUGCAGCAUACCACUGAGGAUGGCCGCAGGGCGAGCAGCAACGUUGCGUUCAUUCGUCCGAUCAGGAACAAGCGCGAGAAUCUGACCGUGCAGACCAAAGCGCACGUUUACCGAGUUUUGAUUGAUCCAACGACCAAAAAGGCGUAUGGCGUGGAAUACCGGAAAAACAAUAAACUGCACACCGUGCUCGCAAGGAAGGAAGUAAUUCUAUCCGCAGGAUCAAUUAACUCCCCAGCAAUCCUGAUGCUGAGUGGAGUGGGACCAGCCGAUCACUUGAAGCAACACGGGAUCGAGCUGCUGAAAGAUUUGGCUGUGGGCCACAAUCUGCAAGACCACACAACUAUAGAUGGCGUGGUGUUUGCACUCAGCAACCAAACAGCCACUACAGUAACUGACCAGCAACUACAGCAGGACGUGUUUUACUACAGAGACACGCAUAGAGGCCCACUGUCCUCCACUGGGCCUCUACAGGCCAAUGCAUUCGUCCAAACGAAGUAUGAACGCGAACCUGGCCGGCCGGAUAUUCAGUUCUCCAUCGAUUCCACCAAUGUGGAGAACUUCUACACUGAUCCGAUUCUCACCGCUGAAACCGCCGUCCUUCCAUUGUCCUACUAUGACGGUUUGAUGGUGAGGCCCAUUUUGCUCAACCCCCAAAGUCGCGGAGUGAUCAGACUCAACGACUCUGAUCCAAUUAAUGGACUGCCCGUGAUCCAUGCGAAUACAUUUUUUGAAGAAAUCGACCUGCGGAGGAUAGUGGAAGGAGUGAAGCAGUCACUCAACCUGCUAAGGACCAAAGCGCUACAGCAUUUAGGGGCUGCUUUGGUCACCACUCCUCUGCCAGCGUGCUCGCAUGUGGCGUUCGGCACUGAUGAAUACUGGGCUUGUAUUGCUCAAGCGUACACAACAACCAUUUUCCACCCGGUUGGAACCUGCAAAAUGGGCCCUAGCAAGGACCCAAAGGCUGUGGUGUCUCCGGAACUGAAGGUUUACGGUAUCGAAAAUCUUCGGGUGAUCGAUGCCUCAAUCAUGCCGAAAAUAGUGAGAGGAAACACCAACGCCGCAGUGAUUAUGAUCGGAGAAAAGGGCAGCGACUUGGUUAAAGAACGUUGGCUGAAGCAAGAUCAACAUGAUCCGGCCUACUAUGGCUUUGAUUUCGACAGUUUUUCGGAUAAAUAGGUCUACUGGACUCGAUUGCGGUGUAAAUUUCUUUGGUGCAAGUGAGGACAUGUGCCAGGUGGUUCUUGAACAAUCAACGGUGCGAAGCGUGGAAGGUUGGGACGCAGGAGAACCUUCAGCCUCUGGGCUUUGGAUCAUGAGAGGUGGCAAAGUUCCACUUGAAUUCAUCAUGUUUUGUAACAACUAGUUUAAAGUUUCCAAUAUUUAUUUGUUAAAAAUUGUUGUUUGGGACAGUCAUCUGAUACAUCCAGAAUAUGUUUACAAUUCAAUGCCUAACUGUUCUUUUUAAUUUUUUACAUUUUUAUAUAUUUUUUUGUUAAAUAUGCCAUGCUAGAUGCAAAUCAUUUUCUACUUUGUCAGCUUUUUUAUGUUUAAACCUUUU